AUGCCAGAUCGAGAAAAUGCUUAUAAGGUCUUUCACAAUUUGCAAAUGAGCAUGAACAAAGCAAUAUGUUCGAAAGCCAAUUAUUUCUUAGAACACUGUAAUGAAAAUGGAAUUGGAUGUAAAUCAAAUAAGGAAUUUGCUUUAUCUUAUUUAGAGUAUGCAAAAAAAGUUGGUGAUGUAUCAGUUAAUGAUGCUUUGGAUUUUGCUCAUUUAACAGUUAAUGAUACUUUGAAUUUUGCUCAUUUGAAAAGGUUAAAAUAUUGUGAAAAUUAUUCGAAAGAAUCUAAUCCGAACAUAUAUGGCAUCACUAUUUACAGUAUUAAUUCGGUCGAUAAUAAUUUUAUUCUAUAUGAUAUUGAUGAUAAUAGAAAAACCUUUAAUAAUUUUCAUCCUACUUUAUGUCAAGACAUCGGAAAUAUGCAACUUGAAAUUUUCAAUCAAUCCUUAUUUGAAAGCGAAGAACACUGGCCUUAUAAUGAAAAUUUUAAUGCUACUAUUGGUUAUUUUUCAACACCGGAUCAUAUCGAUGCACAAUUGAAUAUUUCUGAAUUUAUUGAUGAUGAUGUAAACAGGUAUUAA